GCUGUGCUGUGAUGACAUGACGAUUUUCGUCAUUCCCUUGUUCUUGUUCUUGGUUCAGUUAUCAACUUCAUCCAAAACGUAUCAAUGCCGAGUGUCUCGUCUUGUCCUUUACAGUUUUCUGUCCUCCUCUAUCGUAUCGUAUACAGUACUCAAGAUCGACCAGAACCCUUUCAGAGUUUAGUUUAACAGUAGUUGGUCUUGGUUUGGUCUGGCUAGUCCACACUCACUGAUCGUGGUCGGUCAUUGAUAGUAGAUCAUUGACUAUAUAUAGUCAAUGUAGUAGAUGCUGUUGGUUCAUGUCCUACACCUUCGUCACGCGCCGCUAACUUCUAACUUAAAAGUUGCCUAUUUACACGGUGUAACAUUAUACUAACGUACAUUUUUUUUGUUCCUACGUGUGAUUAAUAAUAUAGACUAUAGUGAUGUCAAGAUUACGGACUCUAAAUGAUGUUAUUCUUCCUCAAAUUGCGGCCAGUGGUUGUUUGGGUGACAAUGUGCAUUUUGUGGAGUGUUUUUUGGAAGAUAAAGUGAAAGGGGAGGCCCAGUUCGCUUCUACUGUAGUUUUUGUGGUCGCGGUCUUCCAGUCUGACGAGGGAACGUUUCAGCAGCCUCUAGUGGUAAAGUACAAUAUGGGUAAUGCAGAUGUCAGAAAAUGGCUUAAGUUAGACUAUCAGUUCAGAAAUGAAGUCAUUACAUAUGAAAAAGUACUUCCGUUUUUGAACAGGGACAAAAAGGUGAACAAAAUAUUUCCAAAGUACAUCUAUGGAUCAGCAAAUGAAUCUGAGGAUCCCAAUGAAUACAUAAUUAUUUUAGAAGAUCUGAGGUCGACAGCUUAUAAGUUAUCUCCAGAAUUCCUUGACUUGGACUUUGAUCACUGUGCUAUGGCUUUUAAGAAAUUAGGUGAAUUUCAUGCGUUGUCAUUUGUUGCAAAGCAGCUCAACCCCAAAGCAUUCUAUCAGAACGUCAACCAACUUAUUGAGACAAGACUAUUUGAUGACAACAAAGAGGAUGCAAACGACCUCUACGUUUUAUCAUUCAACAGAGCGUCUGAAGAGCUGUUGAAAAACGGAGAGUUCAUAGAUGAAAUAGUAGGCUUCAAAAACAAACUGAAAUGUGAUUCACAAAGUUAUUUGAAACAUCUGGUUACAGCUGAAGAACCGAUGGCAGUGAUUUGUCAUGGUGAUUUUUGUAGAAAUAACAUUUUGUACAAGUAUGAUCAGUCAGGAACCCCAGUGGAUGUUAAGUUUUUUGAUCUUGCCACGUCACGGUAUUCAUCACCCAUGAUAGAUUUUUCAUUUUUCUUCUUUUUAAACUCCAGCCAAGAAUCAAGAAAGCAAAACAGAGAAAAAUAUCUAAGCAUAUAUUAUGAAGCACUCUCCUCGGCCGUUCCAGCUGAAGUAAAAGUUCCUUCUUUUGAGGAUUUCAAAGAAGAGUUUCUACGUAAAGCGGUGUAUGGAUUUAUGAUUUCUAUAUUCUUCAAACCAGCAAUGAUGGAUCCAGUUCCUUUCAACCCUGAGAUUGAAGUCAGUCUACCAAGGGAAACGCGAGCUGCUAAACUUGUACAGAAUGGAGGGCAGAAAGGCACUGAGGUAAUUGUCAACAUGUUGAGAGAAAUAUUAGAGUUGAAACUUGUCUUGUAAGACUAGACUACUGGUGUUACUAAAUGCUGAAUAUAUAAAAAUAUGUUUCAAAGCUUUCCAAUCCAAACUUGUAGAGUUUAAAUUUGUUAUAAAAUAUAUAUUUAAAUUUGUUAUUGCUCUAUAUUUAUAUGGCAAACCUUUUCUUUUACCAGUAUGUAUACUGUAUGUAUUUUUCACCCUUAAGAAUAGCAAAUUCAAGUAAACAUGUUUUUCUCUA